AUGUAUAUCAAGCAAAUUAUCAUCCAGGGCUUCAAGAGUUACAAGGACCAAACGGUCAUCGAACCAUUCUCGCCCAAACACAAUGUCAUCGUCGGCCGUAACGGUUCGGGCAAGAGUAACUUUUUCGCCGCUAUUCGAUUCGUGCUGAGCGAUGCAUACACACAAAUGGGUCGUGAGGAGCGUCAGGCUCUUCUCCAUGAAGGUUCUGGUUCCGCCGUCAUGUCAGCAUACGUCGAGGUGAUAUUCGAUAACUCCGACGAGCGGUUUCCCACCGGCAAGCCUGAACUCGUACUUCGCAGAACUAUCGGACUGAAAAAAGACGAAUAUACUCUGGACCACAAAAAUGCCACGAAAGCGGACGUCAUGAAUCUCCUGGAAUCAGCUGGCUUUUCACGAUCAAAUCCUUACUACAUUGUACCUCAGGGGCGAGUCACCACACUGACAAACAUGAAAGAUUCGGAACGUCUUGUGUUGCUGAAGGAGGUCGCUGGUACACAAGUCUACGAAGCCCGACGAGCCGAAUCACUCAAAAUCAUGAACGAGACGAAUAACAAAAGAGCCAAGAUUGACGAACUUCUCGAUUACAUCAACGAGCGACUGGGUGAGCUAGAAGAGGAGAAAGACGAGCUACGGAAUUACCAAGAACAGGACCGCGAACGCCGAUGCCUGGAGUACACUAUCUACUCUCGCGAACAACAGGAGAUCGCCAAUGCGCUUGAUAGCCUUGAAGGCCAAAGACAAACUGGUGUCGAGGAUACAGAUGUCAACCGCGAACACUUCAUACAAGGCGAGAAGGAACUGUCUCAAAUUGAUUCCGAAAUUGCUCAAUGCAAACAACAAAUAGAGUUUCUGAAAGUUGAUAAGGCGCAAUUGGAAGAUGAACGCCGUGAGGCUUCUCGUGCCCUCGCUCAGGUCGAAUUGCAGGAGAAAGCAUUGAAAGAUAAUCAAUCCGCUGCUCAAAAAUUGAAGGCUCGAUAUGAAAAUGACUUGAAUGCAGUCCAGACUGCCAUUAGUCAGCGCGAAAGUGAACUCCAAACGAUCCUACCCCAAUUCAAUGCUGCCAAGGAACAAGAGGAUGCUGUGAAGUUGCAAUUGGAUCAAGCCGAAACGUCCAGGCAAAGGAUUUAUGCAAAGCAAGGUCGAAAUUCUCGCUUCAAGAGCAAGUCUGAGAGGGACAAGUGGCUUCAGAAAGAAAUUCAAGAAACGAAAAACUCCAUCAAGGCUGUUAAUGCAGUCAAAGCACAGACUACUGAAGACAUCGAAGACCUUCAGAAGACUAUUGAGUCGCUCGAACCUGAAAUUGAAAAUCUUCGGAAACAAAUUGAUGGAAGAGGAGAUGCGAUCCAGUCAAUUGAGCAGGAGAUCCAGAAUGCUAAAGAUGAGAGAGAUCGUCUUAUGGACCAACGAAAGGAAUUAUGGAGAGAAGAAGCUCGCUUGGAUUCAGUAUUGUCGAAUUCGUCCCAAGAGGUAGACAGGGCUGAACGCAGCCUUUCACAUAUGAUGGACAAUAACACUAGCCGCGGCAUGGCAGCCGUAAGAAGGAUCAAGCGCCAACACAAUCUGGAAGGGGUUUAUGGGACCUUGGCUGAGCUUCUUGAGGUGAACGAACGUUAUCGAACGGCCGUGGAGGUGACGGCCGGGACAAGUCUAUUCCACUACGUCGUCGAUACUGAUGAAACGGCUACAAAGGUCCUUGAAAUACUACAGAAAGAGAAAGCGGGUCGAGUGACAUUUAUGCCAUUGAACCGCCUGAAACCUCGCCCUGCAAACGUACCCAAGGCAAGCGACACCAUUCCAAUGAUUGAAAAGCUGCAAUACGACCCACAAUAUGAAAAGGCCUUUCAACAGGUCUUUGGCAAGACCAUUAUCUGCCCAAACCUGCAGGUAGCAUCACAGUAUGCGCGAAGUCACGGUGUCAACGCUAUCACUCCAGAAGGUGAUAGAUCUGAUAAGCGCGGUGCAUUGACAGGUGGUUUCCACGACUCUCGUCAAUCCCKCCUUGAAGCAGUUAAGGCAGUGACUAAGUGGCGUGAUGAAUUCGAGUCUAAGAAGAAUCGUGCAAGCGAGAUCCGAAGGGACUUGGAAAAGCUUGACCAACAAGUUACCCAGGCCGUGGGCGAGUUACAAAAGCUCGAGCAGCGCAAACAUCAGUUCCACGGCAACAGUGGCCCGCUGCGACAAGAGCUCCGUAGCAAACGUGAACUACUACAGAAUAAAAACGACAAUCUAGAUGCCAAACAACGAGCUCUUCGCAAUAUUGAGAACAACUUGACCGCUCUAGACGGCCAAGUUAGUGCAUUGGAAGCUGAAAUCUCAUCUGGCUUCCAAAAGGCUCUUACCGCGGACGAAGAAAAGGAGCUUGAAUCUUUGGGUGUUACUGCACAGAGCCUACGACGUCAAUAUGCUGAUUUGUCUAGUCAGCGUAGUGAACUUGAGGCUCGAAAAUCCGUGUUAGAAGUGGAAUUGCGUGAAAACCUCUACCCACGACUAGACCAACUCAGCAGUCCUGAUGUCGACAUGGGUGACGAUAAUUCCCAAGGUACCCUGAAAGAAGCACAACGGCAGAUGAAGAAAUUACAAAGCUCUUUGGGAAAGAUCACACAGCGGCUAGCUGAAGUUGAUCAGUCCAUUUCCGAGGCCAACACACAAGUUGGCCAACUUGAGGGCCGCAAGACGGAAGUGCGCAACAAUCUGGAAGCACUAGCCAAAUCGAUUGAGAAACAUCAGCGACGUAUGGAAAAGAGCAUGCAAAAGAAAGCGGCGCUGACCAAGCAAGCCGCCGAAUGUAGCGCCAAUAUUCGUGACCUUGGUGUGCUUCCGGAUGAAGCAUUUACGAAGUACAACAAGACUGACUCCAAUACCGUUGUCAAGAAACUACACAAGGUCAAUGAGUCGUUGAAGAAGUACUCUCACGUCAACAAAAAGGCUUUUGAGCAGUACAACAAUUUCACGAAGCAACGCGAGACCCUCACGAAGCGAAGGGAGGAACUUGACGCAAGUCAAAAAUCGAUUGAUGAGCUUAUCAUGGUACUGGAUCAGCGCAAGGAUGAAGCCAUCGAGCGUACAUUCAAGCAAGUCUCGCGUGAAUUCCAUAACGUUUUUGAAAAGCUCGUACCUGCAGGUCGUGGACGACUCGUUAUUCAACGCAAGACUGAUCGUGCUCUUCGCACGGACAACGAGAUCGAAUCCGAAGAUGAGGACCGACGGGAGAGCGUGGAAAACUAUGUUGGUGUAGGUAUCAGCGUCAGCUUCAAUAGUAAGCAUGACGAGCAGCAACGUAUUCAGCAACUAAGUGGUGGACAAAAGAGUCUGUGUGCCCUCGCUCUCGUCUUUGCUAUUCAAGCCUGUGAUCCCGCUCCAUUCUAUCUGUUUGACGAAAUCGAUGCCAAUCUAGACGCUCAAUACCGUACUGCCGUGGCUCAGAUGUUGCAGUCCAUCUCCGAUUCUACAAACGGUCAGUUCAUCUGCACGACAUUCCGACCUGAAAUGUUGCAUGUCGCAGAGAAAUGCUAUGGUGUCAGCUUCCGCAACAAAGCUAGUACUAUCGAUGUUGUCUCGAAGGAGGAGGCUCUCAAGUUCGUGGAAGAGCAAAAGUCGUAA